AUGAAGACUUAUAAAUCGAAAGACCCUGCCAUCGACAUUCCGACUGAUCUAAACCUUACAGAACUGCUCCUAACUAGUGCUCGCUCACCAGCACUACCAGCUGACCAUGUCAUAGCCCAGGACGAUGCCGAAUACCGCGCUCUCACCAUCAGCCAGCUUCGAUCGAACGCCGGCUGCCUCGCAGCAGGUCUGGCAAAGCAAUACAGACCAGAAGACCAAAGCCGUUGGGGGAUGAUUCUGCCGAACAGUGUUGCCUACCUGGAAGCGGUUCAUGCUGUCUUAUGGCUAGGAGGUGUAUUCUGUCCGAUAAAUCAUCAGUUGAAGGUGGGAGAGAUUGCACAUGCGCUCACGGUGUCGAAGCCCGCAUUCCUCAUCGUGUACUCAGAAGUCGUCCAGCACGUAAAGGAUGCUGUCAAACUGGCCUGCCAAGGUUGCUCCAGCUUCAAACCUCCGGAAUUGCUGACCGCCAUCGGACCUCCCGUCAAAGGGUGCCGAAGCCUAUUUGGAGAUUUUAUGGCCUCCAAGCCGUUACCGGUACCUCACAAUACAGACACCAGAAAAAGACUCGCAUCUAUUCACCUCUCAUCGGGAACGACUGGAAAUCCGAAAGGGGUGGGUCUUUCACACUACAAUUAUGUUGCGAAUGUGUUGCAGAUGUGGGCGCAUGACCCAGAACACUGGUCCCCGGAAGAGAGAGUUGUGUCCUACACGCCGUUUGUGCACAUUGCGAACACAACGAUACCGCUCUUUCUCGGACCGUGGACUGGUAUGGAGCACAUCAUCAUGCUAUCAUAUGAUAUCGAGGGGUGGGCAAAAACCAUGCAACGGACAAAGGCCACAGCGGCACAAAUCACCCCAAAUGCUGCCUUGAGUAUCGCAACGACAGACUUGGCCGAACGCUACGACUUUUCGAGUAUCAGGCACAUGACGUGCGGAGCUUUCCCACUGAAACAGGAGGAUUACGACAGAUUUCUGCGGAAAGGCAAUUGGAAGACAGUGGCUUUAUACGGAAUGACGGAGGCUGCCCCGUACGUCGCCUGGCAAAAAAUUGGGGAGGCGCUGCCGCUGGGCAAGAGCGGAACGAUUCUGCCAAACAUUCUCUGCUCGCUGAGGCUAGAGAACGGUGACAGCGCUGCAGAGGGCGGGCCGGGAGAGCUGUGGCUCAAAGGUCCGAACCUGGCGGCUGGUUACCUUGACAAUCCUAAAGCGAAUCGAGCUGCUUACGACGAAACUGGAUGGUACAACACUGGCGACGUGUGUACUAUCUCCCCAGAGGGCCAUCUUCAGGUGGUGGGAAGGACAAAGGAGCUUAUCAAAUACAAUGGGUUCCAGGUUUCGCCCACCGAACUCGAAGCCCAUCUCAUCUCUCAUCCGGCGAUUCUGGAUGCUGCGGUCGGAGGGACCUGGGACUCGGCAAAGAUGACCGAAUUACCUACCGCCUACGUCGUGCUCAAAGCGCAUGUUAAGGACCCGGACCAAAAGGUCCAGGCACUGCAAAGUAUUCAGAGGACUAUUGAUAGUCAAGUGUCGGGAUACAAGAAGCUGCGUGGAGGGGUAUUUGAGGUGACUGCUCUUCCUCGCACGCCAACCUUGAAGCUCGUCAGGAAGCAGCUCGGGAUCCAUAAGACGGGACUGUCAUGGUUCUCUGACGGGGAAAGGUGUUCUAAACUGUAG